AAACCAUCCAUCUUUCAAAGCUUCAAUCUCUAACUCUAUUAAUCGCUAUUGUUUUUUACUUGCUCCCAGAUUUGCUUACUCUUAUACCCUUGAUUGUUAUAAUUUCUAUGGUCUAUUAUUACUACUAUAAGCAACAAAGAGAAAGAAACAGCUAUGGAAUUAGAUGGAAAAAUGAUUUUAGAUAAUUUAUUUUCUUGUAAGAUUUUUGAUACUGUGAUUCUUCUUCCCAGAAUUUACAAGCAUGGCUUCUUCACAGUCAACGGACAACUGCCUCGGAUGGGCUGCCAGAGAUCCGUCCGGAGUUCUCUCUCCUCAUAAUUUUAGCCGCAGGGUUGUUGGGAGUGAUGAUGUUUCACUAGAUAUUGCAUAUUGUGGCGUCUGUUAUGCUGAUAUUGUCUGGACAAGGAAUGUACAUGGAACAUCUAAGUACCCUUUAGUGCCUGGACAUGAGAUUGUAGGAAUUGUGAAAGAGGUUGGUUCUGGGGUUCAGCGGUUUAAAGUUGGCGACCCUGUGGGAGUUGGAACUUAUGUUAACUCUUGCAGGGAGUGUGAGUAUUGUAAUGAUGGAUUAGAAGUUCAGUGUUCAAAGGGAUCUGUUCUUACUUUUGAUGGCAUAGAUGUAGAUGGUACAGUCACCAAGGGAGGAUACUCUACUUACAUUGUUGUUCAUCAAAGGUAUUGCUACAAAAUUCCUGAAAAUUACCCUCUUGCCUCAGCAGCGCCAUUGUUGUGUGCUGGAAUUACUGUGUACACUCCCAUGAUGCGACAUAACAUGAACCAACCUGGUAAGUCGUUGGGUGUGAUUGGACUAGGUGGUCUUGGUCACUUGGCGGUGAAGUUUGGCAAAGCUUUUGGAUUGAAAGUAACAGUUUUCAGCACCAGUAUAUCAAAGAAAGAAGAAGCUCUGAAUCUUCUUGGUGCAGACAAUUUUGUGCUCUCGUCUGAUGAACAACAGAUGAUGGCACUAUCUAAAUCAUUUGACUUCCUGAUUAACACGGCAUCUGGAGAUAUCCCAUUUGAUCUAUACUUGUCACUGUUGAAGACCGCUGGUACUCUUGCUUUGGUGGGGUUCCCUAGCGAAGUGAAAUUUAGCCCCGGAAGCCUAAACUUGGGUAUGAAAUGCAUUGCUGGGAGCAUUACUGGCGGAACAAAGCUCACACAGGAAUUGCUGGAAUUUUGUGCUUCCCAGAAAAUUUACCCAGAAAUUGACAUUAUCCCUAUUCAGUAUGUGAAUGAAGCUCUUGAAAGAUUAAUAACGAAGGAUGUGAAAUAUCGGUUCGUGAUUGACAUUGGGGGCUCCCUCAAAUAGGGUGGAUGAAGAUGUUCAUCUUUUUUGUUUUUCCAGAACUCGCAGUUGUAUGUUUGGGAGUAGUUGCAAAGAAACUUGAUGACAUUAGUUCCAUGCUGUGAACAUUAUGGUACUAAAUAUUCAGUUUAUAUACUUAGCAACAAAUAUCAAAAUAAAUUGUGGUUACAUUCGGGUUUGAA